AUGCUCAUCGCCAUAGUCCCAGCUUCACCCAAAACAGGCCGGGCGGCAAUCCGCGCCCUACUCAACUCAACCGAAACCACCACGCCGAUCACCGUGAAAGGUGUAUACAGGGAUCUCACCCGAGUCCCCGAAGAGUUCCUUUCCAACCCUCAUUUCCAAGCAGUCAAGGGUGAUGUGAGCGACGCAGCAAGCCUGGAUCUCACCGGCGUCGAGGCCGUUCUCGCAAUCACCCCUCCACUAUACGACGGUUCGGACUUUCUGGCCUGUGCAAGGACAGCAUCGGAAAACACGCGCCUCGCCAUCCAGAAAUCGGGAUCUGUUAAGCGUCUGGUUUUGCUUUCUAGCAUGGGGGCCGAGCAUGAGUCGGGGACUGGGGAAAUCAUGACGAACCACAUCGCUGAAACGAUCCUGAAGGAUGCAGCACCCGAGGUCGUCCUUGCCAGAUGUACCUACUUCAUGGAGAAUUGGGCUAUGUUGGCUGAGACGGUGAAGUCUGAGCAUCCGCAUUUAUAUUCUUAUAUCACGCCUGUCGAUUUCGAGGUCCCUAUGGUCGCUGUCAAAGAUAUGGGCCAAGCCUUUGCAACUUAUUUACUCAAGUCCGAUAUUCCGGAAAGUCCCUACAUUGUUGACGUCCAUGGACCGAGGUCCUAUACGCCUAAAGACGUGCAAAAGGCCUUCGAAGAGGCUGUUGGCAAGGAGGUUGAACUGCGACUUGUUGAGAGGAAAGAUCUACCGCAGUUCUUUGCGGGAUUUCUCCCGAAGAACGUGGCCGAGGCUUUCACCGAGAUGACCAAUGCCUUUUUGCCGGGUGGCAUUAUGGCGAAUACUAAUGCGGAGAAUUCAAACAGUGAUCAAGUCUGGAGGGGAAAGACUGAGUUGAGGGAAGCUAUCCGGGAGCUUUGUGAAGGGUCUGGGUAG